AUGUCCACGUUAACGACGCCGCUCUUUGCCGCGGACUCCGCUGCAGACCACGAGCCGUCGAAGGCCAGCCCGCAGCGGGAGGACGGAUCGCUCAAGGAAGACCCGCUGGCCGCAGGGCAGACGCCCCUCGUGGCGGCACUCACGCGGUCGCUGCGUGCGCACACGCUGUCUCACCAGGAGGUCUUUGACGAGAUGAGGACGCUGGUGGUGUCCGGGACGGAUACGACGGCCAACACGGCGGUGUCGGCGCUGGCGCUGCUCAGCCUCAACCAGCAGUGGCAGAGCGCCGCCCACCAAGAACUGGACCAGGUCUUCGGCAGGGGCAGUCGAGACUACCACCGGGAGGUCACCGUCGAAGACAUCGCCCAGCUAAAGGUUCUGGACAGGAUCCUCAAGGAGACGAUGCGCCUGUUCCCGGUGAUCUUCGCGCUGCCGCGGGCGCUGGACGAGGAGGUGCGGCUGUCGGGCGGCCGGUUCCUGGCGCCCCGCGGCAGCUCUGUGGUGGUGGUGCCCUACCUGACGCAUCGGCUCGCCCGCCACUUCCCGCGACCGCACCACUUCGACCCGGACCGCUUCCUCGGCGCCGAGCGCCACCCUUACAGCUACGUGCCGUUCGGCGCGGGCCGCCGCAACUGCCCCGGAGGCCGCUACGCGCUGCUGCUGAUGCAGGAGCUGGAGCGCAUCUCCAUCUCGGUAGUGCAGCGCCCGCUGCGCGCCGUGCGUCUCAGAUUCUUGCCCAGGACCUGA